CAUCAAUUCAUCAUCUCAAGUCAAGCGUACGUAUAUUGGGUAUUGAAAUGGUGGAUAUGGCUUCUCCUUUGAGGAUAAUAAAGAACAUUGGAAUCGGAGGACACAAUUCCCAGCUGGACUCACUCCCUCCUCCGCCGCCGCCAUGUCCUCCGCCACCACCUCCGCCGCGGCCGCUCUCUCUUUCCCACCUCAUUCCCUCCUCUCCCACAAAACCCAUCUCUCUUUCCGGACUCACCAACGCUCUUUCCCCCUCACCAACUCCUUCUCACCUGCCGCCACUCUCCGAGUCAAAGCUUCUUCCUCCGACCCCUCAUCACCUUCCCCAGCUAAAGGCGGCGUUGAGAAUGUGGUAAUCAUAGGUUCGGGUCCUGCUGGAUACACGGCAGCAAUUUAUGCUGCUCGAGCAAAUUUGAAGCCGGUGGUUUUCGAGGGAUAUCAGGUAGGUGGCGUGCCUGGUGGACAGUUGAUGACUACUACUGAAGUGGAGAACUUUCCUGGUUUCCCCGAUGGAAUAACUGGUCCAGAUUUGAUGGAUAGGAUGCGGCGUCAAGCUGAGCGUUGGGGAGCAGAGCUGUACCAGGAAGAUGUUGAAUCUCUCAAUGUGACGACCCAUCCAUUUGUUGUGGAAAGUAGUGAACGUAAGGUUAUAUGUCAUAGCCUCAUUUAUGCAACUGGAGCUACUGCAAACAGGCUCAGAUUGCCUCGUGAGGAAGAAUUUUGGAGUAGAGGAAUUAGUGCUUGUGCAAUUUGCGACGGAGCAUCUCCAUUAUUUAAGGGCCAGGUUCUAGCUGUUGUUGGAGGUGGUGAUACAGCAACGGAGGAAGCUAUAUAUUUAACCAAAUAUGCCCGCCAUGUUCAUCUACUUGUACGCAGGGACCAACUCAGGGCAUCUAAAGCAAUGCAAGAUAGAGUUUUCACACCUCUGUUUCCUGUUGAUUAUCACGAAUGUUUCAGAGUGUUCAACAAUCCAAAUAUCACUGUGCACUUCAAUACAGAGACGGUGGAUGUGGUUAGCAAUACCAAGGGCCAGAUGUCUGGUAUAUUGACCAGAAGACUUGAUACUGGCGAGGAAGUGGUUAUUGAGGCAAAAGGCUUAUUCUACGGUAUUGGGCACUCGCCAAAUAGCCAACUAUUAGAAGGCCAAGUUGAACUUGACCACACAGGCUAUGUUUUAGUUCGGGAUGGUUGUGCAACAACUUCUGUGGAAGGUGUAUUUGCGGCUGGAGAUGUACAGGACCAUGAAUGGAGGCAAGCUGUCACUGCUGCUGGAUCAGGAUGCAUUGCAGCUUUAUCAGCAGAAAGAUAUCUUGUGGGCAAUGAUCUGCUUAUAGAGUUCCAUCAGCCUGCAACCGAAGAGGUUAAGAAGGAACUGACUGACAGAGAUGUUCAGCAGGGCUUUGACAUUACCCGCACAAAGCAUAAGGGCCAGUAUGCUCUAAGGAAGUUAUAUCACGAAAGUCCAAGGCUUGUGUGUGUACUAUACACAUCACCAACUUGUGGUCCAUGCAGAACUUUAAAGCCAAUUCUUAGCAAGGUAAUUGAUGAGUACGAUCAAAAUGUACAUUUUGUUGAAAUUGACAUUGAGGAAGAUCCAGAAAUAGCUGAAGCUGCUGACAUUAUGGGCACACCAUGUGUUCAGUUCUUUAAGAAUAAGGAGUUACUCAGGAAGGUACCCGGGGUGAAGAUGAAGAAAGAGUACAGAGAAUUCAUUGAAGCAAAUAAAUAAGAUCCCUUACAAACCUUGUUUCAGCAAGGCCCCAUUUUGUGAAAUGUGAUAGUUUAGUUGAAUAUUGCCCCCAUAUUCUCCUUACUAUUAUCUUUUGCAUCAGCCAACACUGUGCCAUUAUUAUCCGUGAUGAGUUCCAGUGAAAUUUUAGGAUGCCAUUGUGCGAAUUUCUUAUAUCUACACUCUUUCACUCAAGAUAUUUGUCAAUACUUCCAUGGGAAAGGUGUGAAAACAAAUGCAGCUUCCUUCACUAAUACAGAAGGAUAUGGAAAGUUGUAAAUUGUUGGGGUCCGAAGCUUGCAUCAUCCAGGAACAGAAUGGAAUUGCUACUUCUGUUUCCUGUUCUGUUACAAUAUGAUAAUAAUGAUCAUAUUUUACCCUUGGGGUAAAACCUAGUUGAUGUUUCUGAUAAUAGAUAACUUAGUUAUCGACCACUCGUGGGGUAAAUUCUGCGGAAUGGUGAUGAUAUUCUCUGCUUGCAGCGAAGUGCGAUGACUAGGAGUAGCCUGUAACAUAGCAGCAAGCAGAAGAGAGCUACUACGUCCCACCACUUUGAGUACUGCAGGUCAAUACCGUAAGUAUCCUGCAGAAUAGCUUCACCUUUAAUCUUUGCUUCUCCAGGUACCACGGCAUCAAACUCUAGUCCAAUCAUGUCGUUCUUCAGGUUCCCUUGUGUUCCCCAAGCUGCAAAACUGAUGUAGGACAAAGGGUACCGCCAGAAGAUCUUAGGAAGCUCGGGCAAUGGUCUGAAUACAUUUGAUGGCAUCAGGUUGAGCAUGGUCACACCAAUAGCUGCCCCCAUCGACGGCAAUGGAUUGGAAACGAGGGAAGCAGUCACAAAGACGGAGGCUUCAGAGACGGAGAUGCAAAAGAAGAGGUUGAUGCAGAAGUAGAGCAAGUGCGAGAACCCGGGAUGAAACUUGACCAGGCUGUAGAUUAUGGAUCCUGAGGACAAGGAUAUGACUAUGGUGAAUGGUAAAGAGGAGAGGAAGUUGGACAACACGUAAGCUGGCUCCCCAUAAUAACCGGCCAGUGUCUCGCCCUUGAAGACCUGAGAAUAAUCAACACAGUAAGUGUAUGGCGAGAGUGAAGAAACAUACUAAAGCUGAAACACACUCUUAGUGUCCUUUGGAGAUACCUUGAUUUCGUCGAGGAAGAAAGGCAAGCCGCUGACGGACAAGAAGAUCAUGAUGCCAUAGAUGAAAGCGACGACCUUGCCUCUGGCUAUCACAGAGUCACUCGAGGUUCCAAUGUCGAACUCCAAGGAGCCGGUGCUGAGUGCCACCAAGCUGUAGAAGACGAUCCGGAGCCAGUAGUAUCCGAGGUCUCUAGACAUGUUGAGGAUGGAGCGAUGUGUCAGUGUGCAGAAUUGCUUCCACCAGCAUUGUUUAGGUCGCUGCUGCUGCUGCUGCUGCUUCCCAAUCCUCCUCUGCCCAUCAUCAUCAUCAUAGUCAUGUUUCUCCUGACGUGCGAGUUCUUGAAUCUUUUUCCUCGCAAUCUCGGGGAAAAUGGACGCCUUAUAUUUCGCCACGAGAGUUGCUCUGAUCUCUGCUGUUGUCAAGUUCACUAACCCAUCUGUUGCUGAGAGUUCCUGUUGCAUUUCAAGCAGUUGAUAUCAGUUGGAAUCCGGUAACCAUGCCUUCUAGCUAAAUAAAGAAACAAGGAUGGAAGGGAAAACGGUCUUUGUUUGAU